CCUCAGCCAAUCAGAGUACAGGGAAUCGUUCCAUUGCCGUAUAAACGCGCACUGGCAGAUUAUUCUCAAUGAGGUACCUUUGCCUUCCAGGAAACGUUGCGUCAGUGGCAGGAGUUGCUUUACAAUUUAAAAAUUUCAAGCACUUUUUAAAAAAAAAAAUAUCUGUCAAUAUUACCACGCACUUUUGAAAAGUUAUAAGCAAUCACUGUACCCCCGCCCUGCUGUUCACGGCGUCACAUCCUUCCCCCUCACUGUAUUGUCCCGGAAGGUGGGGUUCGGCAGCACCAGUCCCUGGUUUGGGUUGUAGUGCUGGAGCGGGUAUCAUCUAUGCCGCGCUCAGGUAUAUUAAUGCUUGAAUCAAGAUAGCGGCCACAAAGAAGAGAUUCGCGGAUUAAAACUCGGUAUUCUACUUUUUUAGUGACUGAUCGCUUGCUUGUCAACGGUCCUGCAAUGGCAGCAAGCAAGAGUAAGAACCAGAGCUCCCUGGCCCUGCACAAAGUGAUCAUGGUGGGCAGUGGUGGUGUGGGCAAGUCCGCCCUCACACUGCAGUUCAUGUACGACGAGUUUGUAGAAGACUACGAGCCCACAAAGGCAGACAGCUACAGGAAGAAGGUGGUGCUGGACGGAGAGGAGGUGCAGAUAGACAUCCUGGACACUGCUGGACAGGAGGACUAUGCAGCUAUCCGGGAUAACUACUUCCGCAGCGGGGAGGGCUUCCUCCUGGUGUUCUCCAUAACGGAGCACGAGUCCUUCUCCUCCACAGCCGAAUUCAGGGAACAGAUUUUGCGGGUGAAGUCAGAGGAGGAUAAAAUCCCAUUGCUUGUGGUUGGGAACAAGUCAGAUUUGGAAGAGCGGAGACAGGUGAUGGUGGACGAAGCCAGGAGCAAAGCAGAGGAGUGGGGAGUUCAAUAUGUAGAGACAUCCGCCAAGACCAGAGCCAAUGUAGACAAGGUCUUCUUUGACCUCAUGAGGGAAGUCAGAGCGAAGAAGAUGUCAGAAAACAAGGACAGAAAUGGAAAGGGCAGCAAGAGGAAGAGGAAGAGCUUCAAAGAGCGCUGCUGCUUGCUUUGAUCGGACCCAGGAACUUUUCACAGGAACACUGCGAGUCGCCACUAAAAACGAAAGUGUUCAAAAUCAGAACUCAUUUCUAAUGUCAAGAAAGGAAAAAGAAAUCCGUGUUUUGAAAGUAUUGGUUAUCCGUUAGGUUCCUAACUACACAGAAUCUCUCUUUUCGAACGUUUGUGUUUUUUGUAAUCAAGUCUAAAUUCCCUCAGUCACAGCAAUGGUAGUGAUUUGCUAUAUAUCUGCAUUGUAAAGCAAGAGACGAGGAUUUCACGUCAUGGGUGCGUAUUCUUCUACAUGCUGUUUAGCUGCCCAGCCUUUCCGACCCUGAGCAGUGCCCACCUUGGCUCUUUCUUUCUUUGCUAUUAUGAAUCCAGUCAGUUUGCAGUGUAGUGUAUUGUCCAGAGUGAAACACAGUGACACAGAUGUGUAGGAAUACAGUUCUAAUUACUGCCUUCA